AUGUCGACCGGCAAUUUCACCGCUGUCUUUCAACACGCAACCGACUUCGAGAAAAAGGCUUGGCUGAGUUCUGAAAAUAAGGUGAGCGCCACACGUCCCCUUCCAGUAUAUUCGUUGCAUCGUUUGCAUUUUUCUCUUUUUCUUUUUAGGCAGAAGCCCGGACUGUAUUUUGACAUUCUCCAGGCCAUGUACGACAGGGCCUUGCAAGGCAAAAUCGACGAGAUGGUCGCACGCAGACAGGGCAACACGCAACAGCUUCAGAACCAGCUGCAGCAGCAGCAGCAGCAACAGCAGCAGCAGCAGCAGCAUCAUCAGCAGCAGCAGCAACGUCAGCAGCAGCAUCAGCAGCAACAGAUGCUCAUGAACCAGAUGGCUGCUGCUCGAAUGGGGCCGACCGGCCAGCCUGGAUUUCCAGGCAUGCAAAACCCGAUGCAAGUCCCUCAAGGACCCCCACAAGCCCAGCUUGGUAUGGGCUUGGCUGGGAACCCUCAGAACAGGCCCGGGCAACCACCGUUCGGAAUGCAGAUGGGACAGCCUGCACGUCCUAUGGGUCCCAUGGGCCAGCUGCAGCCCAAUGAGAUCAAUGCCGUCAACGAGGUCGCGCAGAGGCUGAUGAGCCAAGUUCCCGAACCCCAGAAAGCCCAAAUGCGCCAGAAAAUCAUGGAGAACCUGGGCCCGCGUGCUGCUCAGUUCCACGGGGAUGUACUCGUGUGGCAUUUUCAGCAAGAGGCCCUGCGGCAAAUGACUGCGAGCCGGCAGAGGCAAGCUCAAGCUCUUGGACAGCAACGAAUGGCCAACGGAAUGCCGCAGGGCCAACCAGGACAGAUGAACCCGAACCAACUCAUGAUCAACCCACUAGCACAGCAGCCAGUCAUGCCGAAUGGCCCGAUGCUCGGCGCCAACAUCGAAACUAUACGGAACGAGCGUCAACAAGCUCUGCUCGCCCAGCAGCAGGGACAGAUGGUUGUCCCGGCGAGCAACGGCCAGGCCAGAACUGUUACGCCAGGCCCGAUGAACGGGAUGCCGGGCGCUCAACCGGGCGUGAACCAAGCUUCUCGACCAAUGCCGGCGGGACAGAAUUUUGGCGUUCAGCAGCCUGGUGUUGCCCGAGGACCGAUGAUGGGACACCCGAUGCAAGGACAACCGGGCGGUCUCGCCGGGCCCCCUACCACGUCUCAGAGUCCAGCCAUGAACACGUUGAACGCGCCGAUGCAGCAGCCGCCCGUUCCGAUGGGGCAUGUGGGGAGACAACCGCCCGUUAACCCAGGUAACCCGGCCAUGGGCAGCUUGAACCCGCAAUUCAGCCAUCAGAACAACACACGACCGCCCUCGGCGAUGCCAGGUGUCAUGAACGGCGCGGCGCUGGCCGGAGGUCGAGGAAUACCCGAAGGAGCAAUGGGCAACUGGAAUCAGCAGCAACGGGCGGCCAUGAUGAGUGGUUUGUCGAUGGGCACACCUGGCCAGAUGCCCGGGGCACCGGAACAACUCCGAGCCGGCCAGAUGAACAUGGCGAAUCAGGGACCGGGACCGAACGGGCCACCAAACCCGGCAGUGCAGGCCAAGAUGUUGGAAUACUUGCAAACCCCACACGGCAAGACGGCCAUCGACAACAUGGACAUAGCGCCUGGUGUUUUCGGCAUGCUUGCGAACAACGGAACGAAUGUGGGGCCAAACAUUAAGAAAUGGUUUCAGCUCAAGGCCCUGGCAGUCAACAACCCGGCGCAACUGAACAUGUUGCAGGCCGUCCAGCACAGGCAGUUCGCAGUAAUGUGGAACCAACAACAGAAGAGGCAGCAAGCAAACCAACCCCAAGGCAACCCCGGCGCUCCUUUCCAGCCGCCCCAGCUGCCCCCCGGCGAGGAAUACCCCCCGCACGUCGCCCAGCUGACCCCGCAAGAGGUCCAGGCAUUCAUGAGCAGGAGUGCCAAUCAUGCGAACCAGAACCCGGCCAUGGUCUCGGAGAUACUCAGAAGAUUGAAGUACACCGACUACGCCAAGAAGAUCUGGGAGAAGCACAACAAGCAGCAGCAGGGAAUCAACAAUGCCAAUGCUGGCGGCCAAAAGGCUCCGUCACAGAUAGUACCCCCAACACCCACCACACAACCAGGUGCCCCUCCGAUGGCUCAGCCGAACAUGCCGCCAAAGCCCUCGAGUACCCCGGUGGCUCCUCCAGCAUCCACGCCGGCCAGACAGACGCCCAAGAUUCCUCAACAACCACAACCUCAACAGCAGUCACAGCCGGCGCCGCAGUCACAGCAACAGCCGGGGCAACAUGGACCGAACCCUUCCCCCGUGCCCGCCCCCAGGCACAACCUCAAGCGAAAGCCGGACGAUUCCGAAGGUGCGGCUCAAGCGAACAAUGCCGCUCAACGACCAGCGCCGGGACCUGGAGCUCAGACCAAUAUCCGUGCACCCCCACCGUUCAAGCCGCUUCCUGAGGAACAGGUUGCGGCCCUGGGGCCGCAGGAAAGGGCCGAGUAUGAUGCCACCUUGCGACUUCAUCAGCGCAUCACGGCCAUCACCACGGAAGAACAGCUAUUGGCCCAAGGGCAGAACGAGGUGCCGGUGCCCAUGGACGCAGAACUAUUGGGGAAAACCCGCAGGACGCUCCUGGGAGCAUUGAGCACCAUGAGAGGUGUAAGCGCGUGGUCGCAGGCAUGGCAGCUCGUUCCAAACAAGGACGCAUCACAGCCGUCAACCAUCUUGCGGCCCGUCCUCACCAUUUCGCCCCAGGAACUCGACCAGAUCCAGCAGAUGCUGAAGAACAUGGCCACUGACAUCAAGACCUAUUGCGUACCCUCGCUUGGUCUGCAAAAUAGCUGGAGUCAGGCGAACGGCGGGACGCCAACCCAGCGGCCCGCGCAAGCACCCACGCCUCUGAGCCAAGCCAAUCUGGAGAAGCAGACACAGGCGUUGAAGCAGGCGCAGAACCGCACGGCCGCGAAGAACGUUGCCGCCCCGGCCGCUCCGACGACCACGCAGCCGCCUUUCUCGUUUGGGGCUCACAAGUCGCCGGCCGGCAAUCCGGAAUACCUGAGCGAGCCGCUUCUCACACGGGACGGGCUCCAGGCACCACCUGCCAGGAAGAAGCCCAAGACGGGAGCAAACCACAGCUCGCCGCCGGCCAUUCAGCCGGGCACUGGCUCCCUGUCGCCCAACGUCAAGGCGCCCUCUCCCGUUGUCAGCCGGAAGCAGGAGCCGGCCAAGACGGCACCCACAUUCAUGUGUCCCGAACCCGGUUGCGAGCAAAUGUCUGUGGGUUUUGAGAGCGAGGAAGCGCUUGGCAUGCACAAGCAGGAGGAGCACAUCCGGCCAUUCCAAGAUCCUGUCGCCUUCAUGCGGGAGAACAUGGCUGCGGCACUGAAGCUUGACGAACAGGGCAGGCCCGUCUCGGCGCCGGCCAUGGGUGGCAGUCUUUCCAAGCAAGGCCAGACACCCAUGAGCAAGCCUGAUCUGGCGGCGACGCCCAUGUCUCGCGACGCGUCGAUGAGACGACAGGGCAGUGCCGCGGGAGGACGGGAGAGUACGGCGACACCACGGAUGGCGGCGAGCACGCCCAUGGCGCCGGUGGACGAGAUGUGGGCGGGCACGACGAUCGACCCGCAGAAUCUGUUUGCCGGGUUGGGGCCCACGAUAGACGCGACCACGGGCAACAUGAUGCACGAGUUUGGGACGUACCGAUCGAUCACGCCCAACGACACGCCCGAGUCGACGGCCAGCAAGGACAGCGGGGUUUCGGAGCCGAACAGCGACAUCCUCGAGGGCACCGGGCUGGAUAUCAACUUGACGUUCCAGAACUUCAACGAGGAUGUGCUGAUGGACAUGAACAGGAUCAACAUGGAUUCGCUGGAUAGUUUGGUGGACAGCGACCUGUACGGCCCGGGUGGUGGUUUUGGCGGCGGGCAGGAGGCGUACCAGUUCACCUUUGAAGACAUGACGAUGGGGAACGACUUUAGCAAGCCGUUUCAGUUUGACAACAGCGGGUACAUGAUGGAUGCAUCGGUUUAG